AUGUCGAAGCCGUCGAAACCAUAUCGUCGCGAUCUUCAGUUUCGUGGCUUCGCUGAGGGCCUGACGUAUCUCAACAGCGAUGGCCAAGCACAAUGUCAUUAUUUCGGCGGCGUCCCAUACGCCCUCCCACCCGUCGGCCCCUUUCGCUUCCAAAAGCCACGGUCCCUGCCACCAUGCUACCGCUACGGCACAAAAGCGAACCCAGGACGAUACACAGGCGGCUGUGGCCUAUGUCCGCAACCAGGCUCCAACACGGAAACCCUUGACGAGCCCGCCUGGGACGAAGACUGUCUGCAAACCAACAUCUGGAUUCCAGCCGGGCCAUCGCCAGCAGAAGGUUGGCCGGUACUAUUCUGGAUCCACGGCGGGUUCCUGCAAUGGGGUAGCCCGAACGGACUCGACCUCCGUGCGCUACUCAGCGAGUCCCCCAUCCAAUGCGUCGUCGUCGCUCCCGCGUACCGCCUAAACGUAUUCGGGUUUCUCGCAUCCAAAGAGCUGAUCGACUCGUGUUCUGCUACUGAUGGUUUUGGUGUUAAUCUUGGCUUCUGGGAUCAGCGCAUGGCUUUGCAGUGGACGUAUGAGAAUGUCAGCUAUUUUGGUGGGGACGCGGCGAAUAUUACUGUCGGGGGUUACUCGGCGGGUUCGCACUCGGUGUUCCAUCAGCUGUCGUACGAUCUCGGUUGCGCGGAUGAGAAGGCGGUUGUUAAGAGGGCGUUGAUGCUGUCGAAUGGGCCGGGCAUGCAACCGAAGAGUUUGGGAGAGGCGCAGGACCAGUUUGACGAGCUAUUGGGGGCGUUGGCUAUCGAUUUGGCGAAGUCGCCGGCUGAGAAGUUGGCACGGCUUCGUGAGUUGAGUCCGAGGGCGAUUGUGGAAGCGAGUAACGGGAUCAAGCUUCAUCAGUUCCGCGCUGUUACUGAUGGGGAGUUUGUAAGGCAUGGGCUUCUCGAAGAGCUGUCGAAUGGUGUUUAUGCGGAGCGCAUGAAACGGCGCAACGUCAAGCUCAUUAUUGGCGAAUGCAGCGACGAGCAUCAUGUCUACGGUCUUUGGCGACCACCUACACCGGGCUUCGACAAUAUGCUGUACCGUCUUGAAGCUGACUAUCCUCGCGAGGCAUGCAAGGUAUUGAUGUCGCACUACUUUCCCAAUCGCAAACUGCCGUCAAAGUACUCGAGCUGGCAGGCGGCUUUCGGCCAUAUCUACGCUGAUGUUCAGAUUCAUGCUCUGCGUCGCGGAAUGGUAAACGCGUUGGUGAAGAAUGGCGCUGGAGAUCUCCUUCAUCGAUACCGCAUCGAAUGGCGGGCGCAGUGUGUUGACAAAGAGUUGCCCAAGCGCUUCGGUGCUAGUCACGGCUCCGACAUGGCGAUAUGGUUCUGGGGGAAUGGAAGCGAUCUGACUGGGGGGGAGAAGCAGAUUGCGUUGAAGACGUUUCACGAACCGUUGAGCAGGUUCUUGAAAGGCGAAGAGAUGGAGUGGGGCACAAAGCAUGCAAUGCAGUUGAGAACGCUGAAGAAAGAUGGGAAUGUCGCUAUCGAAGAAGACUUUCGAUUGGAUGAAGGUCUGAAAUUGUGGAAUGCGCUGAAGACGGUUGGCGCUACUGGCAACCUAAAGGACACUGCGAAGUUGUAA